GCCAUAUGUUUUUGCCAUGUGUGUGAUUUUAUUUCUUACAAAAAGUGGGAAAAAAGUUAAGUUUAAAUGGCGAAGAAGGUAAAUAAAAAGGAAGAGAUACCCAACGAGCUCAGGAGCAUCCUGCUCCACAUCAUGCAAGACUGCGCUGAAAAACUUGAAGAGAUCGAAGUGUGCUGCGAGGAGGAAUUCCGGCUCGAAAGGUGCAAGGAGAUCUUCCAUCACAUGGCUCUCAUAGACGCCAAGUACAAGAAGAAGAUGGAACAACGUCUCAAGAUUGAAGCCAUUGAGCACAGCAGGAUGAAGAACAUGGCGAGGCUGAAACUCCUGUCGAAGAAGGAAGAGUGUUUCUUAGAGGUGGUCAAGAGUGCAAAGGAUUCGCUGAAAACUGGCCUGGACCCAAAUUCGCAUAACUACAAGACAUUGUUAAAGAAACUUAUACUACAAGGUUUAUGUAAGCUUUGUGAAACUUCUGUCAAAAUAAGAUGCAGGGGUAAGGACAAACAGGCAGUGACCGAUGUCAUGAACCAGGCAUGUGUCGAGUUCGAAGCGCUCUCCAAGAUCAAGACAACGCUCAAGAUUGACAAGAAAACAUCGCUGCCCGACAACAGCUAUGGUGGGGUCAUAAUGGUCACAGAGAACAACAAGAUCAUGCUCAACAACAGCCUCGGAUGGAAGCUCGAAGACGUCGGGCGUAAGAUGCUGCCCGAGAUGUGCAAGACGCUCUACAACCCCGAACACGACGAGGAGGAAUUGUACAUGCAGUCUAUGCCGUUGACUACAAAGAAAAUAUUCUACAGCGGGAAGCUGCAUAAAUAAAUAUAUGACGAGAGAGAGAAAAAA